AAAGUUUUCAGUUGUUUGCCGGAAGUCAAGCGGUUCGAAUUGUACGACUAUUAAGUACCUAUAUAUUCACAAUGUCGAAGAUCGAGACGGAGACUCAGUGGCUGCGAUCGACGAUUCUCCCAGAGAUUCUGAAGAACGGACGACUGGUGGACAACUACAGCGACUCCAAGGCGAACACCUUCCGGGUGGAACACGUCGAGAUCGAUGUGAUCGGACCUACAGAGGCAUUUAUGCUCACCUUCUGCUACCGGACUACCAUAAACUUUGAAUACGACGGUGAAAAGUUCCAACGAAAAAUGGUCGUUAAGAAAACCCCUAUGAUGCCGCCAAAAGUUUACGAGUCCAUUCAGUUUGGAGCUCUCUUCAGCAACGAGAUCAACUUCUACACGGAAAUUCUUCCCGAAAUACAGAAGUUGGCUGGCGGAAAGUUUGCCGCACCCAAGUAUUAUUACAGUGAGUUGAAUCCGUACUCGGCAGUGGCCAUUCUGGAGAAUUUUGCGGAGCAGGGAUGGCGCGUGACCAAGGAUCGGGUGGGUCUAAGUCUGGAACAUGCCCUGAUUGCUGUGGAUUACCUGGGCCAGUUCCAUGGCUUUGCCUAUGCCAUGAAGCACACGAAUCCGGAGCUAUUCGACAAGUUGACCCACGGUCUAAAGGAAUCGCGCUACGCCUCCGAUGUGAUUCAUCCGGAGUGGGAACUAACCAUGAAGACGAGUAUCAAAAGGGCGGCCAAGGCGGUGGCCACCUUUCAGCCCCAGAUUGACGAGGAGUUUGUGAAGAACUUAUGCUUCCUGAUCACGGACUACAACCUAUAUGGCAGGCAACGGGUGGCGCCCAGGGAACCACUGGCCACCCUCUGCCAUGGCGACUAUGUGAGGAACAACGUGGCCUACAGGUACAACGACAAGGAGGUGCCGCAGGAGAUCAUGAUGUUCGACUACCAGACCCUGCGUGUCUCCUCGCCCAUGAUCGAUCUCGCUGUCUUUCUGGCCGUAUCCAUUUACGCCGACGUGCGCUAUCCCAACUUUGAUGUCAUCUUCGAUAAAUACUGCACGGCGCUAUAUGACAGUUAUAGAAAUCACGCCAAGGUGGAGGUUCCAAAGGACAUGAGUCGCGCGGAGCUUCUGAAGGAGUACGUGCGUUUCCUGCCGUACAGUGUGUCCAUAUCUAGCAGUUUCCUCAUGACUUUGGUGGAGCCAUUGGACAUGUCGCCGGAGGAGAUGUUUGCCAGGAAAACAAGCAAUGAGGAGCUUAUCGAACGCACAAUGAAACAGGGCGGGGAAGUAGUGGACAAGGAGGUAGCCCACCAGAUCCAGGAAAUGCUAGAACUGAGCCAACUGACUGGGGUCUCCAUUGACGAUGGCAUUGAUGUGGGCAAGUUGCCCAAAGUGUAAUCAUAUCCCUAACGUAAUUGUAGAGAUUAAAACUAAUCAGACAUUUUAAA